AUGAGCGAGACAAGUGAGCUUUCCCUCGAGGAAGUCAACACAUGGAAGGUGGACGCUCUCAAGUUAUUUUGCCGUAAACGAAAUCUUAAAACUUCUGGAGCUAAAGCUGAACUUGUAGCCCGUGUGUUUGCAGCAUCAGAGAUGGGAAUCCAAGUACAAGCAUCGGCUAAAGAACUAAUGUGCAUCACGGAGUCUGAGAGAGCGAAGCUAUUGUUUACUCCUGAGGGCAGCAAGCUUCCCGAUCCUCUUGGGCUAAAGGACGGAUGGAUUGAUGAAAAAGAUGGGCUAACAUCAUGGCCUCCUAUAUUUCUAAGUGACAUUACGAAAUAUCUGAUGGCUGAUCAUCCUGGAAAGGAUAUUAAACUGCACGAACGGGUCAUGAAUGAGUACAAAGAGGGGAAAGCAUACCGCUUAUUUGACUCGGGCUUUCUGAAAGAAGUUUUCUACCAUGAACUAGAAAAUAUGGAUUUUUGCUUCUUGAAAGCAAAAUGUACGCAUUCGAUGAAGGUUGGUGAUACACCACAUACAUCAUGGAUUUGUUCAAGAAAAAAUGGAGAGAUUAUCAGUGCCUACUGUACCUGUACUGCUGGGUAUGUUAGACUUUCUGUUUUAUAAGACUUUAACUUGUAACUGAUGCAAAAUAUAAGCCUAAAAUAUCAUGUUUAUCAUAUACCUCGAUUUUAUGACUAAUGUUGUUGGUCUAAGCUCAAUAUAUAUUAUACUUUAGAAUGUUUAAAAUAUUAUGUCUAUCAUAUACCCUAACUAUUUGUUAUUUCUUGUUUCAGUAUGAGUGGUUCUUGUAUUCAUGUGAUGGCACUGCUGUUCAGAAUUGAAGCAGCAAACCGUAAUGGUAUGACAAAUCCUGCAUGUACGUCCAAAGAGUGUGUGUGGAAUGUUCCAAUAGGAAACAAGACUGUAAUCAAGCCCUCUAGAAUUUGUGAUAUGGAGUGGAAGGCUUCAAAGCUAAAUAAAGGUAUGUUAUUAUGUUUAAAAUUCUAAACAAAGUAUUUACAGUAUGUAUACUGGAUAGACAUAAGUGUUAUCUGGGGACAUAAAUAAGAAAGUUCUUAUUAGCUUGUAACCUAGCAAUUAAUUUACUUUUAUUUUGUGUUUUUCUAGAGACGACCAGACCUGCCAUCGAUAGUCGCCGAAAGUUAUUCAAUUCACAUGAAGAGUUGAAGCCCCUGACUCCAAAAAGGAAAGAGGAAGUCGUUUUAUAA